AGCAGUGAACCCAAAGGAACGCAGUGAAAAAAUACAAACGAGCAAAGAAGAAGUCGAAAAUCUCAAAAAUUCUCCUAGGAUAACGUUUAUAUCCAAUAAAGGACAUUUACAAAUUGCAAUGAACUUUUCGCAGGUGAAACUCUAACCGUGAUUCAAAAAUAAAGUUCGGUUAGCUAAGUGUUGUGGUUUUUGGAGAGAAACUCGAAAGUGUCCUGCUGUGCUGAAGUUUAGCAUUUGCCGUCGCUAAUUGUGAGAUACAAACUGCAACUGACAGGCGGCAAUCAGAAGGGCAUAAAAACUUUUGCUCCUGCCGCCGGUCUUGAUUUCCUUGCCGCGCACUUCAUCCAAGUCCCGGGAAAUUGUUCGGCUGCCAGGCCUCAAGCUGGGCGAUUACCGCAAAAUGACACGUGUCAGGCGCAUUGUGCGCUUGGCCUAAAAGUAUGCUGCAUCAUUAGUGUCAGAGCGGAGGCGCCUCACACCAACGACUACACCAUCAGGACAAAGGAAAAACCGGGCAGCUGCAGCUGGGAAAAUUGAAAAUGUAUGCUCAUUAGUAACGGCAGACGCGGCGAGCGGGAAAAACUAACAGCAAAAGCGCAUUGCAAGGACCGAAACGACAAGUUCCUAAGUCAAACGCCAAACCAAAAAACAACGCCCAUUCAUAAUUAGCAAAAACAACAGCAAAGAAGGGAGGAAAGAGGUGGCAGAUGGGCAGAAGGACAGCUGAAAAAGUCAAGGACGAGCUUUAAAAUAAUUCGCGAAAGCAUGGCCAAAGGAAGUAACUCCAGUUAUCUCGAGCUCCACAAGAUGCCAGCAGCCGCAGCGAGCUGAUUUUGAGAAUAAGACAAAUUAGAAUAGCUCGCAAAUUAUCGCCGGGAAAUUGAUUCGAUAAGCAAUCUAAAAAGCAUACAGCCAGAGAGGAAACGCCGACAGCGACGACAGAGACAACAGCCGGCGGCUUCUUUAAUUUGUCAACCAUCCACCACCCCAUCGGACUUCCCAAAAUCCAGCGCCUUAAGCCGACAAACAUCGAGUCAUGCCUGAGCAGGAUAAUUACGAUGAUGAGUUGGUCUCCAGCAACCCCAACCAAAGGAACUGGCGCGGCAUCCUCAUUGCGCUAUUGGUCAUCAUCAUUGUCCUGGCUUUAAUUGUGACUUCGGUGGUGCUGCUCACGCCCCCCGAUGAGGGACCGCGGGUCAAAGGGCAGCGCAUCAAGCUGCAGGACAUCGUCGACGGCCUCUUCGUGCCGCAGCACUCGAACGGCAGCUGGAUCGAUGGCGAGGAGUUCCUCUACCAGGACCAUUUGGGUCGCAUCUGUCUGCUGAAUGCAGCCAAUCGCUCGGAACGUGUCCUCAUGUCCAAUGUGACAUUUAAAACCCUGGCACCCUUCACCUUCACCAUAUCGGCGGACAAGCGCUACCUGCUCCUGGCCCAGAAUGUUGUGAAACUGUUCCGGCACUCGUUCCUGGCCCAGUACACCCUCUACGACAUCCAGACCAGCGAGAGCAUCAAGCUGCGCCACAGUCCGCACCAGGAGGAUUGGCCGUUCCUGCACUACGCGCGGUUCACGCCCGCUGGAAACGCCCUGGUCUGGGUGCAGAGCUACGACAUCUACUACAGGGAGGAGGUGCGCAGCUCCGCCGUGCACCGGAUCACCCACGAUGCAGUGCCCGGCGUGGUGUACAACGGCAUUCCAGACUGGCUGUACGAAGAGGAGAUCCUUCAUGCAAAUAAUGCGAUUUGGAUGUCGGACAAUGGCCAACUGAUGCUGUACGCCACCUUCAACGACACGCACGUCCAGGAGCAGCACUUCGCCUGGUACGGGACGACGGGUCCGUCCGGCGGAGCGGCGGCAGCUGCAGGGGGGGGGGGAGGAGCCGGAUCAGGGGCCGGGGGAGCGGGAGCCUCGUCCAGCGGCAGUAAUCCCUAUGCCAGCCUGUACCCGGAAAUCAGGUCCUUACGCUACCCCAAACCGGGCACUCAGAAUCCUACAGUAACCCUAAGAGUAGCCGACCUUAAGGAUCCGCAGCAGAUUCGAACAACUGACCUGCACCCACCACAAAUUUUAGCAAAUGAAGACCACUACUUCAGCAGCGCCAGUUGGGUAAGUCACUCCAAGAUCGCGGUGGUGUGGCUUAAUCGUCCGCAGAACAUCUCCGUGGUCAGUGUGUGCAAGGCGCCGUCGUUCGAGUGCAUUGAGACCCACCGGGUGAGCGGGGACGGACGUGGCUGGGUGGACACUGUCGCAGUGCCGCUGUUCGCCGCCAACGCCAGCAUCUACGUGGCCAUCUCCCCGCUGCGCGAUGGCCUGUUUGGCUAUUUCCGGCACAUCGUGCACGUGGACAUCGACAAGAACCGGGUGCUGCCCCUCACCCACGGGCCGUUCGAAGUGAAUCGGCUGCUGCACUGGGAUCAGCUGGAUAAUUGGAUCUACUUCCUGGGAACUCCCGAGCGUCUUCCCUCGCAGCAGCAUCUGUAUCGCGUAUCCGCCCUGCCGGCCCGCCAAGGUCAGGCCCUGCACGCACCCGAUUGUAUCACGUGUCCGGCAGUGACGCAGUGGGCCGAAGGCUACGAAGAGGGUCACACCAAGUCCCCGCCCAAGCUGGUGACCGCCUGGGACGACGACUGGGAGGACUCCGAGGAGGCGGAGGCACAACCGCCCCAGCCAGCACUGCCGGUGGAGCAACAAGCCCCGGGAAAGGGCCAGAGUGCGCCUCUGCCACCCCCGCCCAGUGACUGCCUGUACCACGAGGCACAGUUUCCCCUGACCCGGCAGGCAAAAUACGUAAUGAUCGAUUGCCUGGGUCCAGUGGUACCAACCUCGAUUAUCUACGGCUUAAAGCCCACCGCUCCAGAAAGUGCCAAGGUGAAACGGCAGAGCACCCAGCAGGAGGAACCGCCCACGGAGGGCAGUGGGGAGAAAGGGGCGGAGGAGCCGAAGUCGCAGUUCCUUGAGCUCCUGGUCACCGUGCAGAACAACACCCGGUUGAAGGAGAAGAUGGCCAGGACAGCCAUGCCGCAGAUAAAGACCUUCCCGGUGAUGAUCUCCGGCGGAUAUCAUGCCCAAGUCCGGCUCUUCCUGCCGCCCGUUCUGCGCGAGGACGAGAUCACACGAUACCCCACCAUACUGCAUGUGUACUCGGGUCCGGGCAGUCAGUUGGUUACCGAUCGCUGGCACGUCGAUUGGAACACCUAUCUGGCCGGCAGCAAGGACUAUAUUGUCGUGGAGAUCGACGGGCGGGGAUCCGCCGGCCAGGGCUACCAGCUGCUCCACGAGGUCUACAAGCGUCUGGGCAGCGUCGAGGUCUCCGACCAACUGGAGGUCAGUGAGUACCUCAGGGACAACCUGCACUUCAUCGAUUCGCGGAGGAUGGGAGUCUGGGGCUGGAGCUACGGCGGAUAUACGGCUGCACUGGCGCUGGCCGGACAGCAGUCGAUCUUCCAAUGCGGAAUCAGUGUCUCGCCGGUCACCAAUUGGAAGUUGUACGACUCAACGUAUGCCGAACGCUAUCUGAGUUUCCCCAACGUGACGGAUAACUACAAGGGCUACGAGGAGAGCGAUCUGUCCAAGUACGUGGACAAUCUGCGAGAUCGCCAGUUCCUGUUGAUCCAUGGAACCGCCGACGACAAUGUGCAUGUGCAGCAAUCGAUGGUGUUGGCCAGAUCGCUUACCAGCAAAGGGGUGCUCUACAAGCAGCAGAUAUAUCCGGACGAGGGGCAUAGCUUGUCGGGGGUGAAGCGGCAUUUGUACCGCUCGAUGACCGCCUUCUUUGAGGAUUGCUUCAAGAAGCUGGUGCCGCCGGAAUCAAAAGCUGGUCUGGGCAAUGGCGGCGAUAUGCAACAGCAAUAAACACAGAUUAUGGAAUCAGCAACACCAAGAAUAAAAUAUAAAAAGUAUGGAACACAAACAACUUAAACCGGAACGUGCGAACGAAAUGCUUUUGUAAAUUGCAUUUAAUGUGAUUUAUUAAAAACACACCCACAAAACUCACACACACACACAGAGCUGCUAAAUGGCCACUCAAAUACCUACACAGCAACAACAUCAGAAAGAACACUAAGUUCAAUGGCAUUUUGUGUAAAAUUAAUAAGGAAAACAGCAGCAGCGAAAGCGAAAUGCCGAGUGAGUGUGCACAAAAAGAGGCAAAAACAAACCAAUGUGUGUAUAUGUAUGCAGACAAAGCGAACAAAAUCAACAUGGUUGUGAAAACAUAACUCACACAGGCACAGACCCCGACACACAUACACGUACACAGAUAGAAAAAACAGAAACACAAGUACAGAGAGAGCAAGCACAAAAGUAGGCAAUGAAAAUUUACUCGUGCUGAUUUUCUUCGGUGACAGGUGCUACAUGCUCUAGAAUUUUUAUUUACAAAGUUCUAAUUAAUUUUUUUUAUGGUCUUUAUGGUCUGUCGAAUCAGUAAAACAAAGUAUGCAAAAGUAUUUAAUUCCAAUUUCACAACAAUGAAAAAAGCAUUGGCCUUCCGGAUUGAUAUUAUAUUAUAUAAUGCAUACGUUUAUACACCUUUAUGAGGGAUUACAAAAAUCUUUAUAUAUUUUAGCGCCCAAAAUUGUUUUGCUCAAAGCUAAAGUAUUACUGGAAGAAUUUAUGAAAAUUAUUUUUUCACGGGCAUUUAGAUAGUCGGCUGGUCCGGGAUACACUUUUGUUUUGCUAUACUUUUUUUUAUUCAAUUUAAUUUAUGCAUUAUUUGCAUAAUAUUUCAAUGAAGCGCAAACCGAAAUAAAAUUGAAAAACAAAUUUAUUGAAAGUGCUACACGUGAACCAGCUGCUCUGGUUAAUCGGAAAUAACCAGCAUAAAUCAAAUCUGACAACAUUCUAAAUGACAUUUUCUGAUAGUCGAACGGUUUUAUUUUUUACCAAGGAAAGUUUUCCAAAAUGUAAAAUGGCUCAAAGGAUUGCGGAAAGUGGCCCAUAAAUUGAAACUGAAUUUAUGAACAAAGCUCAUAAUUGAGUCAGUACUUGCAAAAUGUUUAAAGAGAGCAUGCAUAAAGUAAAGAUUUGUGUGCUGAACUCAUUUCAAAAUUAAAUAUGCAUUGAAUUUGAAUUGAAUUCAGUCACUGUUUUAAAUUAAUUUACGAUUUUAAUUUGAUUUUCGGUACUCGUAAAAUUGGAUACAAAAUUUACUGCCCGAAACGAACAGAAAAAAACUGAACUCUCUCUGUAAGAAGGUCCAAGUCUCAGAUGAAGAUAAAAUAAUUCGUUCGCAAUAAAGUUUAAUUAAAUCAAACGAAAUAAAAACACAGCAAUAAAAAGCACGAAUAUUUGAAACGAAAAUAAGGAAAAAACAAGCAGGCCCUCGACACAAACAAAAGCAGAAAAACACUUUCGAAUAUAUGUUUGCUGAUAUAAAUGCAUUUUCUGAAAGCAAACGGAAAUAUUACCAAAUGGCCAACGUAAAGUUAAAUUUAAAAAGGGUAGAUUAAAUACAAAAACCAAAUUCACCAAAAAUUAUAAAUCAAAAAACUCAAUUAAAUAGUAUAAAUGCAUGUAAGUAGCUCAAACAUAUUUAAUAUAUUUUUUCGUUUGUGUUACCUUUAAUUUGCAUUAAGGAAAAAAAUAAGAGUGCGUUAGUUAAAAUCUAAAAAAAAAACAAAUAAAAAUAGUGGGAUAAGCGAAUGUGAAUUAAAAUGAUAAACAAGAAUGAGAAAAAGGUCAAAAAUAGCUGCGAUACACACUAAACAUAAAAUGGGAUAAAAGCAAUGCUCAGAAAGGUAUAAAACUCAAAAUGAGGAGCUGAAGAAUAGCAAAUGACACCGCAUCGCACAUUUCGCAAAAAUCUCAUUUAUCCCCGUUCCUUCGGAUUAAUUCAAUCCCGCAGUAUAGCGAUGUGCAGAAAAGGAUUAACUUUAAUUAAAUAUUAAACACACUUUUUGAGGGGCGGCAGUUAAUUAGCAACAGCUACCGUAUUCAGGCUCAGUUGCGACUCUUUAUUCUGUGCAUGUAUUUAAUAACGAGUGCAAAAAUCAAUACAAACAUAGUGAACAAUAGGGCAUUUAAGAUAAGGACACUAAGUUGAAGAUCCAUUUAACAACAUAACUUCAGUAAGUUCCUACAAGCUCCUCCAGAACUUUUUUAUGACGGCUAAUUGGCACACAAGCAUAUUACUCUACUUUACCAUAUAACCUGUUCAAGUUUCCAAAGCACAUCACUACAUAUUUUCCACUAUAUUUCUAUAAAUAUAAAUGUGUGUAUUCGUCUACUUUUUCUGCAGCACUGUAAAGCAAUCCCAGCGGUAUAGAGUUUCCCCCAACUUUCAGGGCAAUUUUAAUAAUAAAGCCGCAUUGGCCGUUGUGUGGCUUCACAAAAUACAAACUCGUCCUUACAUCGCAAACCCUUUCCACUCCACAGCCUCACAGGUAGGCAGUGAUGUGUGCUGGUGUUGGGAAAUUGCAAGCCAACAUAAAUUUAUGUCUGCCUGACACUUUUAUGUGCUGCGCUGGCGGUUUCAGCUUUUUACGUCGCGUUUUUAGACGCCAGCAGAACGCAUGCCAAUGUUUGGCUAAGCCGCAGGUUUUCCUGUCCACAAUUAACCCGGCCAGGUGCCGCCCACACCUGUCCAGUGGGUGUGGAUCGGGGUUGGGGUUUUGGGGGGACCGUGAGAAGGCGCUUAUUUUUAGCCGAAAGGUCGUCUGUAGGAGCGGCUGUAAAAGGCCAGCUGCUGCUCCCCGUGUUCCCCUUCCCUUUUGACACAUAAAAAAUAAAGGAUAAAGGUGUUUGCUUUAAAUGGGCAUAGGCAGUCAUAAACCCCCCACUCCGAGAUGAAGGCAUAAGUGCGAUGUUGUGUCGGAGCUAUGAAAAUUGAAAACGGCUCAAAAACAAAGGGAAUACCGGAAAACAAAACAAUUUAAAUGCUUUCUAUGUAGCGUACUAAGGACCAAUUACCAAAGAGGCGUGCGGGGAUAAUUAAAAAAAUAUAUACACAAAUAUGAAAAUGUAGCAACGCGCAGUAGAGAAUUUGCAAUAUAUAAAUAAACACACAUGCGACAUAAUGAAUAUUGACUCAAAUACCAUUUAGUAAUUAUACAAGCAUAUAUAUAUUAUAUAUACAACAACUCAAAUAAAUAUAUAUACACAUACGGAUAUGUAGUUUAGUUCGUGUAGAGGAUCAAGCGUUUGCAUUAUUCGAGUUACAACCUAUAAAAUCUUGUAAAAGUAAAAUACCAAAAACAACACUCUGUAUUGUUCAAAUACCGUUGGCUCAAAUCAAGCUCCACUUCUGGGCGAGCGACUCUGUAAAAAUGGUAAACUGUAAUAUACGCCUAUGCAUAACUAAAUAACUAUACUUUGAUAUAUGAUAAAUAUAUUUUAUAAACAACUUUUACUCUUAAACAAUAAACAAUUUUAAUACUCUAUCUUCAGCCUUACCGUAAACUAAAUGAAAGAAUCUAAAACAUGAAUCUAGAAACUCCUUAUGAAGAGCUCCGAAAGCUAAUGUGCAAAGAUGGAAAUCUAGCCUAACCUAAGCCUACAACCAACGAAAUCGAUUAAAAGUUGUUAGUUUUGUUGUUUGAUGUAAAUAAGCUUUAAAGUGGUUAGCUCAAUACGAAUACUUUGUUUACUCCUUUCGUUAAAAUGCGUUUGAGGAAUACUUAAGCCGAUAGCGAAAACCAAACCUUUGUGAUCCAAAAAGUUUCUUCUCUUCCAUGAAGCAAAAACCAAACUAACCAAUAUAAUAAUAUGAAUUUAAAAUAAAUAUGUAAUAACAUUGACUUAA